GGCUGGAGGUAACACCAUUGGCGUCAUCUGUUAACAGGGAACCGACCAUAUGGGAUACAAUGUCGUUAGCCCAGUACUCUGCUCUGGUAAAGCAGUGGUACGAUAAGCCGUGCUAGUCACUUUCUAGCUCAGGUAGCCACCAUGUAGAUACCUGCCUGGUACCUACUUGAUGGAUCCCAUAAACAAAGUGAACGAUGGCAGGGGGUUCCGCUAAGACCGAGCUGCCCACGCGGACAUGAUAUAGUUCCGGGCAGCACACCGCAAGAUCUUUUGUAUCGUUGAUUUAUAAUACCAAAACCAUUUGGCACUGGAAAAGCCUAUAAGAAGGAGGGCAUCUGCGACCCUUCACCGAUUUAGUGAAGCCAGAUUUAUCAUCGCAACUACCUCAAACACACAGGCUCAUCCCUCAACAAACCAAAGACACAACCUCAGCCUUCACACAUUCACCAUGCCUGAAACCAACGGCACACAACUUACCGAGGAGGAGAUCAAGAGCUUUGGCCCGCUGGCCAAGGCGCUCGAAGAGCGCCGAGCUGCUGGUCCUAAGGUGACAACUGCUUACCCGUCCGGCCCUCCUCAAGGCAUGCAAGCCUACCUCGGACCUUCCAUGUUCCAACCACACCGGGCCCGUCAAGCCAUACGAGAUGCCCACGAGAAGAAGAUCCCACCUCUUAUCGGCUUCUACGCAGGCCUAUCUUCGAUUCCGCUCAUGCGUUACAUGGCUCCCUUUGGGUUUGAUGUGGUGUGGAUUGACUGGGAGCACACUUCCUGCAACGUCGAGACCAUGACGUCUCUUGUCCACGACGCCAUCUUCAUGAGCCAGGGCAAAACCAUCCCAUUCGUUCGGGUUCCCGGCCACGACCACGCUGCCAUUGGCUUUGCCCUCGAUGCCGGCGCCAGCAUUGUCAUCCCUCAGUUGGAGACGGUUGAAGAGGCAAAGCAUGUCAUGAGCAGCUCCAAGUUCGGAACCAAGAACAGGGGCACAAGAUCAGCGCCACCCUUUCGAUUGAUUCCUACCCUCACCGAUCAGGGCUACGACGGUGCGAGAGAUGUUUGGCAGAAUUGGAACGACCAAGCGGCGGUCAUGGUUCAAAUUGAAUCCCUUGCCGGCAUCAACAACCUUGACGCCAUCCUCACCGAGUGCCCCGAUAUUGAUGUCGUGUGGCUCGGAGCGCUCGACUGCCGCAUCAGUAUGAAUCUGCCUGCAAACUUUGGAAUGGGCAGUGAGCCCGAAUGGUUGGAGGCAAAGGAGAAAUUCUACGCAACAUUGAAGAAGCACAACAAGCCCCUCGCGGGCUUCUGCUUUGCACCUGGCGAUGCCCUGACCGAAGCAGCUCAGGUGCAUAGCAUGAUUCUUCACGGCGCAGAUGUCACGAAGCUUCUUGAACUUCAGCAGGAGUUGGCGAACGCCAGGGAGGCUGUAAAGGGGGUUGUAAAGCAGUAG